AUGGUUCUUCAGCAUUUCAAUGUACCAGCGCUGCUAAAACUGCUUCGGGUCUCUAAAAGGUGGAGUCGGCUAACCGUGUCUCUGGGCCAAGCCUUUUCACGGGUGGAUUUCACUCUCGCGAGACAACACACUGUUCCCUUCCAGGCAGUUCGUACAUAUUGCGUGCGGCAUGCUAAGUCCAUAGAAUCUGCCGUUGUUGGCUGCGUUACUCCGCAAAACGCCUCGAAAACUUUACGGCUCCUUUCGAGAUGUCCAAGACUCGUCGAACUUAGUUUGAAUGUUCAAUUAGCAGCACCGGAGGACAUCAAAAUACUCCAUAAUUUUACUGGCCUGAAACAGUUGGUUAUCUGGCACCGUGAGCUGACUUCUGCAGAAUUCAACUCUCUGCUCGCAGCAUGCCAUACUCUCGAAUACGCCAAGCUUUUACUGGGUGAAGCAAAGAAACGACAGGAUUGGAAGAGUUGCUCUCCUGCACCACGGAUGCGAAGUUUAUGCCUCACAUUUUAUGAGAUGACCGUCACGAACCCAUUCUUCUUUGAUAGCUCAUUAAAGGAUACCAUGCCCGUGCUUGAAAAUCUAGAGGUUUCUGGCGUUGAUGUAGAGAUGGAGCUCCAUGGCGUGGACACAGACCUAUCUGAUCACCCGUCUCUAUGUGCACUUUCCCUCAGCAAGUUCACCUUGGAUGCUGCACUGAAGGCAUUGCCAACGGGCUUGGAAGAAUUAACUUUGAACUCUGUUCUUGUCGAUCCAGUUAUUGGGACCAUACCCGUAUACAGCUUCCUAAAUGGCCUCUCAAAAUUGAGGGAAAUAAACUUUUACAGCCUCUCAUACGACGUAGGCUUCAUGCUUGACGGAUAUUUUUCUGCCCUGGAAUCAAGUCUGACUCCAGAUUUAACGGUUCUUAAUAUUGCAUACUGCAAUAUCGCUGCAGAGGAGCUGGUCCCUUUCAUGAAGAAAGGGCACUUACGCUCAGUAACGGAACUGGGUAUUCCUGGCAUUAUGGGUAUGAAUGAUAGCAUCACAGAAGUCAUUAUUGAUACGAUGCCCAACCUAAAGAUGCUAAAUUUGUCGCUUACUGAAGUUACGGGGUACUCGGUUAAGUUACUCGCGGAUGCUCCAAAUAUGAACCUAGAAAGGAUCUUGUUGUUGAACCCCGCGACUCCAAUUAGCAGAGAUGCAAUUGAGUAUGGACGCAGUAAAGGGAUUACUUUUCGAUAA